CUUAUUCCUAGAGGGAAACUCCUAGAAAAGCCUAAGAAAAAUCAAUUGCUGUUCCAUGAAAUGGAUGUAGUACAGCUAUCCAUGAAGGAGGUUGGAGAUGGGCUGCAUGAGCAGAUGAACUGCAUGAUGGGUGCACUGCAGGAGCUGAAGCUCCUCCAGGUGCAGACAGCUCUGGAGCAGCUGGACAUCUCAGGGAGCCGAAGCCCUGCCUCUGGCACUGAGCAGCACCAGUGCUGCCGAAGCAGCAGAGACGUGCCCAGGGCCCAGCAGGAUGAGCAGCCACGUGGGGAGGAACCGGAGGACCCCAGCCCCUCAUCCCUUGCCUGUACUGUGCAGCAGUCAGUGGGUUUGUGCCGUCCCACUGCACUCCCAGAGGUUGGCCACCUUGGAGACACCCUGUCCUCCUUCAGGAGCCUCUGUGGCGAGGAUGCUUAUCCCCCUAAAGGACCUUCCUCUGUGUCGAGCAGAGCACAGCACAUCCGCCCAAGAACAUGCGAGCCCGGUCGCCAGGGCACAGCUGGGGGGUGGCCAGCAUGCCAGGAGUGCCUGGGGUGUGAUGAUGGCCACGACUGGACAUCCUCCCUCAUGUCCCAGAGCAGGAAUCGGCAGCCACUGGUCCUGGGGGAUAACAUCUUUGCAGACUUGGUUGGGAACUGGUUGGAUCUGCCAGAGCUGGAUAAAAAGGGGGAGAAGAGCGAAGUGUCCCUGUCCAUGAGCAGAUCCCAGGAGCUCUGCAGGAAGUUCUCCCUCACAGCCAACAUCUUCAAGAAGUUCCUGAGGAGCGUUCGGCCAGACCGAGACAAGCUGCUCAAGGAGAAACCUUGCUGGUUGCCACCUGAAGACAAACAGCCCGAGAUUUCCAAGAGACCCAAAAAGAUGAACAAGCUCAAGGGGACAUUUUACUUCCCACUGCAUGGGAACAUCCAGAACCAUCACAGCAAAGCAGAGAGGUGCCCAAAGGCAGAAAGCAAUAGCGAGAAAGCCCGAAUCGGCACUAAGAAAGUCCACGAUACCAUAACCUACACCCAGUCUGGGUUUGACAUCAAUACAGCUGUUUGGGUCUGAGCCUGGUGGUGUUCUCUGCUCUGCCAAGCAAUUGUUUCACACUGGAGAGGAGCCGGAGGCCGUACACGACUCCUCAGGAGACCUCUGAGCUCUCAACAUAGACUGAGAUGAGAAGAGCCCUCUGCAAAGCACCGCAUGGGCUUCGGUCACCUGCAAGUGGCAUUGUCCAGAGGACUGAGGGACUGAUACUGCAAAAAGAACCCAAAUCUCGAGCAGCUUUAGGGUGAGUGGUGCCCCAGCCAACCCGCUCCUGGUUUAUGAGCACCACUUCAGGCCCAUUCCAUCAUCUCCGAGACAGCUGCAGCACAAAACUCACUGUGUGCAUGUGUGUGUACGUGUGCAAAUUAUAUAGUUUUUUAAAGAAGAUCUAUUCCUGCCUGUGUGCACUUCAAGCUGGGUUAGUAGCCAGGCACCUGAAGCACUUGUUAAAUGGGAAGAAAGCAGUUGGAAUUUGUAAGACUCGAGCAAUUGCUAAUGGGGAAGGGGGGACCCCCAGUUUUGGUGCAUUUCAGCUGUGGGGUUUGCCCCUUGAACUGCAUCUCCCUUGUGCUCCCAGCGUAUCCCCUUCCCCUGCCAGUGAAACCAAUAGGACUCAAAGAUCCUUUUAUGGAAGCUGGUGGCUCCAAGCUGUGAUUUUACCUCUCCCCCCUUGCCCUUCUCCCCACAGGUCACACCAGAUGCCGUAUUGCAAGAGUGUAUUGUUGAGGUUGCACCAAGAUAUGAAAUUGCAACAGAUGUUUGUAUUUGUUGUUUCCUAUUGCUGUUGUGUACGAACCUCUUGACAGAGCCUCCUUCCUCGCUGUCCGACUCGCCAGCAGUUACCAAUAAAGCCACAUGGGUCUCCAGCAUGCUGUAGAGCAUGGGGUGACCACAG